AUGAAUAAAAUAACAUUAAUUUUUAUGAUAUUUAUUUUUAUUUUAGUUUUAAAAAAUUAUAAUAGAACUUCAAAUAAUAGUGAUAAUAAUAAUGAUAGUGAUAGUAAUAAUAAUAAUGCACCUUAUUACAAAAAUAAUCAACAAUAUAAUUACUUAAAUUAUCCAAAAGCAUUAGAAAAAAUAAACUUUUUAGUUUUAGAUACACCCUUGGGUAAUAUUGGAGAAGGAAAAAGAGACAUUUUGUUUGGUAGUUAUGAUGCAAGUGAAAGAUUUUUUAAUCAGAAAACCCCUUUUUCUGAAAAAGAAGGUUUAAAUAUUUUUCAUUAUUCACCCGAAACUAUUUGGAACUUGAUUUUAUCUGGUUUGCAAAAAAACAUUAAUGUUUCAGGAUUGGUUUCAACAAGGAGUUAUAAUCAACCGAUUAUAUUAAAAAACUCAACAUUAUCUAAUUUUUCAGCAUCAGGUGCAGAGAGUGUAUUAACUAAAGAACUUUCAAGAUAUUUAGAUCCCUCAUUUUCAACUUUAUUAUUCCCAAACUUUUCGCACCCAAACACCAAGGAUAAUUUAAUAUUUUUAAUAAACACUUUAGGAAAAACCUAUAAACCACUAUAUUCAAAUAGAAAUUCAGAAUUAUUUUUAGAUAAUUCAAUAUUAGAUACAAAAAUAACAUUAACUGGCAAACUUCAAGACUAUGAGUCCAUUAAAAACCACAUCCAGUUAAUUUAUGAAAAAUUAUCGCAACUUAUAGAAUCAAACACAGAUAUACCACAGGAUAAGAAACCACUCGAAAUAGCAAAUCUCUACAAUUGGUACGAAAAGAAUUCAUAUUACAUAGAAUUGUUUAUUAAAAAUCUAUCAACACCCGGUUACAAGUUAAAUAUUGCCUUUUCCGAAUUUAUUAGCUUCAACACCUAUAAUACCUAUUUGAAUAUAUUUAUACCCUAUUCAUACUUACCAGUUGAAAUCAUUGAUGAAAAUGGCAAUAAUAUUUAUCCAACUGCAGUUACCAAAAUACAUGGUGGUCAUUUCGGUACAGAAAUAAUUAAUAAAAAUAAAGUAUGCACAGACUCAACCUUUAUACCACAAAUCGAUUGGAUUCUUUCAAAUUAUUACAAACAACAAUAA